UACUGAUAGUGUUCACUUGACUCUCCGCUGGCACUCUGUGUAUGACGGAGAGCCGUGCGUAAAGAAACUACAGCGCCUAGGAUAUCAAUAUAAGGCAUAUACUGGGAUGUACAGCACGAAACAAACGAACACUUGUUCGGUCCAGGAUCACUAAAAAUAACUGAAGAGUCAAAAAUGAUUCCUAGCUUGGAUGUAGCGCCGCUUUUCCCCACACUGAACAUCUCUCGAUCGAAGAGGACAUCGUUUUAGAAGGACAUUUGAAAGACCCUCAGCGCAUUGAUUUGUUUGUAGAUAACCGUUAUCUACUUCACGCGCAGUGUUAAUACUUCCGAGCGUGCGCGCAGAACGGACACUCCUCACAUGCUGAGCCAUGGAGAAGCCAACUUCAGCAAAACUUCACACCUACCUGUCAAUAUUCACAUUGCUGUGCUGUAUCUCAGGUGACCUGGCCCAACUUCAGCUGCCUCAAAAAAAUGUAGAAGUAAUCCAGGGGAAGAUGGUAGUGCUGCAGGCUUCUUACACUGGUGCUGAGAUUCAGAAAAAUACUGUCGUCUGGAACUACAUGUCCAACAGCACAGAAAUGAUCAUCUCAUAUGUCGGUAGACAGUUAAGUCAGAGCAGAGGCCAGUUUGAAGGUCGAGUCAGUUUUACCCAUGCAAUGCCAAACAACAACCUGUCCCUGUUUAUCAACAACACAAAAGCAUCAGACUCAGGACGGUACAUGUGCCAGGUGAUCAUCCCUGGGGCUGCAGGAUUCACAGAGGAGCUGACCCUCAAUGUGAAGGUCCCUCCCUCUGUGCCGGUGUGUCAACAACAAGGAAAGCCAGUUCUUAAAGGAAACGUCACUCUUGCAUGUAACUCUGAUGGUGGUAAACCAGCCCCCAAAUACAAGUGGACAAGGACGAGCCCCAUCUCUGAGGUCUUCUUUUCUCCCUCGCUAAAUGAAACAGCAGGAACUUUGAAACUGAACAAUCUGAGCAGUGACAUGUCAGGAAAAUACAUGUGCACCUCAGCCAACUCUGCAGGAGAAGAGACAUGCUACAUCAACCUAGAGGUUAUUACCUCGACUAAUGCCGGUGUGAUCGCUGGUGCUACGGUGGGUUGUGUUGUGGGUCUUAUCCUGAUUAUUCUUUUCCUCGUCUUCAUAUGGACAAGAAGAAAAGACACAGAAGAAGAUCUGGCCAAUGAAAUCAAGGAGGAUGCCCAGGCCCCCAAACGUGUCUCAUGGGCCAAGAGUGGCACUGGAUCUGACAUAAUUUCUAAAAACGGCACCCUGUCUUCCAUUCACACCAGCCCGCACCCACAAGACAUCCACAACCAUCACCAUUAUCCUCACACUCACUUGGCUUCAGACACUGCUUCCAUCAUCACUGCUACAGGCAGCACUACCGGGUAUCACUCCCACCCUCCAGCCGAUUCCACCCUGGAACGUACAUUGCCAGGCUACAACACCAACCCCACCCUGCCUCGUGGGCCCACAGGACCCCCAAGCAGCAAUGGAGGUUCCCUGAACACUUCCAUGCCCCGGACAGCCUCAGCGCAGCCUCAGAUUCCACGUCAACCCAUACUGCCCACCACGGUAACUGCUGCCAACAUCUCACGCAUGGGAGGGGUCCCCAUUAUGGUGCCAGCUCAAAACCAGGCUGGCUCUCUAGUUUAGGUUUUUGCUGAACCUCUGAAGGUAAAGGAGAGAGGAACCUCAUAUCUUUGGUCACACAAACUGAAGGGCAUUCGAUUUGUCGGAAAGGAUGAAUUUGCAACCGAUAAGCUUAUUGCCUCUGAAUGGAAACAGUGCAGUAUGAUGUCAUUUUCUUUAUUUACAUUUUUUAAUUUCAAAAAUGUAAACAAAUAUAUGUAAAGAUGUUGACUUAAUAAUGCUCAUUUAAUUGUUUUAUACAUUCAUUGUCAGAUGUUUUUCAAAAGUAUUCCAGAAAAGCCUCUACUUACUGUAAAGUUGAACCUUGUUAUACAGUGAACGACUACACACUUAAAAUUAUUCACAUUUUGUUAUGAAAAGAAUGACUCUGCAUUUAUUUUAUUGUUGUUGUUGUUGUUGUUGUUACUGCUUUAUUGAAUGUUAUUUUGCAAACAAAAGAUGCUAACUUGCCUUGAAAAAAUGAAAGGUCUAUUCCAUAUUAUUUACUGACACUCCUAUUGUUUGCCAGUUAGAAGAAUUACGUUUACGUAUAUUUAAAGGGAAUUGUGCGGGCAUCUACUUAAAGAGUGAUAUUAUAUCAUUAUGUUGCUAUACAUUUGCCUUUUAAAUGUUUUUGGCCAAAUAUAUUUAGAAACAAAUAUGUGUCGUUAGCUCUUAGAGAUAUAUGAUAGCUCUCUUUUCAAUUUAGAAGUGAUAAAUACAUUUGGAUGUUGCUUAUUUAUAUAGUGAAAAAAGAACGUUUUUUACUCUGAGGAUAUUUAACAACUUUGUUAGUACUGAUAAUGCAUGUACACAGUGACUAAUUAUACAUUACAUUACCUUACGGUAAAUAAGGUAUUUAUUUCUCAUUCUAUGUCAGUGGAUAUCAUUUCAUGUCAGCAAAUAAAUGGAUGUUCUUUUUAUAUGAUAUAGAGUAAACAUGACUUUUCUCCAGAUAUGGUAUACUGACACGAAACCAAAGAUUUCCUGUUAUAUUUUUGUUGAUAUGAGACAACUUGUUAGAAUUGCAGAGUUCUUUUUGUUAUGCUUACCAGAUCAACAAGACUGAUAACUUGCUGUCAUCACAUUUACAGCUGAGAAUUGUCUGCCCCAACAAAUUUAUAGUAGCUUAAGAAAUAUGUGGCACCAGCACACCAAUGUAAGGCUUACCCCCAUUUUUAGGCUGCAUUUUGAGGACACAAUGGUAAAAGCCCUGUUCUGGGGAUAAACAAAAAGUUGAGACAGACUUCAAAUCCAAUGAAUCACAAUAGCUUAUCUGUGAGUAUGGCAUAAAUCAUAGUCUUAUUGUAUUCGGUUUCUUAAGUCAUAAAUGCUGUAUCUCUUUAAAGAAAUGCUUGUAUUUACUCCACUGUUUUGAAAGCACAAAAUCUCCAUCUUUCAUUAGAAUUAUUUUUUCUUUUUUCAAAGACAGAAUUUCUUGAUAACAAACAGUAUGUAUAUAUAUAUAUAUAUAUAUAUUAUAUAU